UUCAGGUGACUGAGUGUGGGAAGCCUUUGUCAUAGGGUAAAAGUUGCACACCCCUGGGCUGUAGGCUGCACACUUUGGGUCAAAUAUCAGGUUCUGUAGCUGGGUAUUUUAUCAGAACAAAUCUGUUCUACAAUGAUUAUUUUCCAUAGUUCAGGGUUGUUUUGCCUAUUGAUGGCAGCUGUGGGCAUACAAGCACAACAGACACCUUCUAUAAAUGACCUCAACGCUGAAUGCCUUGGUAACGUUAUUCGUUUGAGUGUCGCUCCUCUUUUUGAAGAGGUUGACGCUGUCUUCAAUGACACACAGAUCAUAAACCUGACGCCUGGCCUUGCUACUCAGUGUGGAUUCAGCUUUAAAUUUGACCCCAUGGGGAAUGCCAUGUUUUUUGCUUCUCUUCAAAACUGCUUUUCCCAAAACAUGGAUGAUAAGAUGUUCAGCUUGGUCAUGCAGUUCAGGCUGCCAGGAAACCACAUGACUGAAGACCCUGUUUAUAGAGUGGGCAAAACCUGUAGCUACACCCCCUGGACCUCCCGAGAGAUUCUGUGCGACCGCAACUACAUGGAGGUGUCUGUCAGAAGGACUCUUCCAGACAUCCAAACCAUCCCCAAACAGCCCACUGGGGGCCCGAAAGCAAGGAGCGGCAACUUCCGGAGGGGAGCUGAGGCUGUUGCUUCAGGAUACAAAAUGACAGUCGUCUUUAGUCCUAGCAAGAAUGUCAUGAAUGUGGAUGAGGUCCAAAGAAAGGGCUAUGCAAUAGCCAACACUCCCACACGGCUGGUGUUAAGAAGCCCUCAUAAUGCAGAGGAGACAUACCUCCAGAAUGUAGCUGGGGUUCCGAUGCGGGUGCUCUCAACCUCAACCUUCUUUGAGCAGAAGUGGCUGGUUACUCGAGUAGAUGCCACGGCUGUUUGUCCAACACCAGAGGCAGUGGCCUUUACUCCAGAAGUGAUCACCUGGUACAUGCCCAAGCACAUAGACCCACUUUUCUCCUCUGAUGCCUUCACCAUGUUGGAGGUGUACAUGGGAAUUGACGCUAAGAGGCUGGACACUGAGGAAAUGGCUGCCAGAAACUACUCGGUUUUAGUCACAGAGGCUCAUAUUAUUGUUGAAAUUCCGGUGGGGGCGGUUGGCGGCUACUUCAAGAGCCAUAUUCAGGAUGACCAGUACUUUGUCACUUACACCAUUGAGCCCAUGCUUGAGUUGCUGUGGAUCGAGGAGGUCGCACACGAGAACACCAGCUAUAAAGUCCUCUUCCCUAUCACAACACCUCCGAUGGCCAGGCCUCCACAAGUUCGCAACUACACGCCCUUAGACACAGUUCCUGAGCAGGCAGUGUUUGUGCUUGAGUUGGGGACCUUCAACCUUGAUGUGGAGCUGCUGAACAUCACCUUUCCCACCAUGGUGCUAACUGUUGCAGAGUGCAACGCCAGGGGCUUCAAUGUUCAAGAGCAGAGAUCCCCGGACAACACCUUGAAGACCUUCAGGAUGGAGGUGCCCUUCUCAGACCCGGUGGUCUUUAAGGAGAGAAGGGCGGAACAAGGUGUCACAACCUUCACUCUUCAGCUGAUCUACGGCCUGGUCAUCUUUCCAGAGUACGCUCCUUUCUCUCACUCUGCCGUUGUGGACGCUGUACUGCUGGACAUUGUGCCACCCUCAGUCACUGGCAACUGAUCAGGAGAACUUCCACAUCACUGUGGACUACAGGAACCAAGAGCCCUUUUUUGCUGUCUUGGUUGGCAAGCGGCUGCUUAACCAUGAGUUUGCUCAACAGUAUUUAACAGAGGGCGACACAGACUUCACCAUCACGUUGCCCUUCUCUUCGCCGGACGCAGUGUUUGAGUCGGUUCACUCGUCCUCUGUCAGGAGCAGACUGGAUGUGGCUCUGUUGAAUCCUUACAACAACAUGACCAUCAAAUACUUUUCCCUGGCUUACAACGAGCCUUUUGCCGAGACUGGGACGGGUCGACUAAUGGUCAGAAUGAGACUCGCUCAGGACGCCUCGUAUAACACGUUCCACCAGGAGGAGGACUAUCCAGUGGUGAGGUACCUGAGACAGCCUCUGCACUUUGAGGUGGAGCUGACCACGUCCUCUGAUCCCAAGGUAGCGCUGGUGCUUGACCACUGCUGGGCCACCCUCAACGAGGACCGCGACUCCCGACCCCGGUGGAAUCUCAUCAUUAAUGGGUCAACGACAUGUCAAAGACCUCUUUGAGGAGCGUCAUGUAUAUGUUUCUUCUGGAUACAUUCUUUGGGUGUAAUGUAUUGUUCUAACAUGUCAAAUAAAGUGUUCUAUAUAAAACAAUCCUAA